GCCAUUGAGCCAGAACUCAAAAAAGAUAAAAAGUGGUUCAUUUUCAAGAUCACAUCUCACAUGAGUCGAUGAUGUCGAACUGUCUCAUCCAUUGACUAGGGUCUCAACUUCGUCCUAGGUCCUUGUUCGACUUGUGAAGGAAGUCCUAUAGGAGUCCAGCGAGCCAGUGACCAGCGAGGAGAGGAUCAUAGUAAAAAUGUUUUAGUGUCAAGAGGCUGAUCAUCUUAUUACUUGACAGCGGGAUCCCGGCUCGCAGACCACGUGGCGCAGUAUCUCGCUCAGCGGUAUCUACCGCCUCGGAUCCGAUCAAGCUCGUUUCAAGUUGAGAUCCUUGGUGAUGCUGGAGGAUAUGUGUAUUGUGAUGUCCAUGAGACAUAUGCGAUGAGUACCAAUAUCCAGGACUAUGUCGAGAUCCUCAACGCAGAGCAAUAUGUGCAGGUCGAGAAACUCGCCGAACAUGCUCGGCAUGGGAUCACACCAAAAGUCCGAGGGGAAGUCUGGCUGUACCUUCUCAAAGUGCUCUCUGCAGAUAAGACAUCUGAGAUUACCUCGAUCAUCUCCAUGAAUUCUCUAUAUCAAUCGCUCGAAUCGGAUUUACCUUCAGAUCUCCAAAUCCUCUUGACGAAGACGGCACUGGCUCAUCAUGCUAGACGAUUUCACCAGCCAACCUACGCAGGCUUGAUCAGCAGUAUCACCGCGGAAUCUUCAAGGGGGUCCAACAACAGCAAAACAUCUGCUCAAUCGGCCGGGAACGGCUUGAAAAUGAAUACAACGCCAGCUCAACCUUUUGAUCAGGGCAACAAUGGGGCGGGGUCGUGGAUGGGGAACGAGCCCUCUUCCUCUUCCAAUAGGAGUAGAGGAUCAACAGUCGCAUCUCAAUCCCGGCCCUCUGGCUCAACGAGCCAAGGACAUAGUCGAGAUCCUUCAGGCAGAGUACACGUACUGGAGCAGUUUUCUAGUACAGCCUCCCAGCGAUCAACGGAUCAUCCGACCGAUAAAAGUGAGAGAAGUGAACGGAGUGAGAGGGUAGAAAGACAAGACAGGGUACAGCGUCAAGAUUGGAUAGAACGGACCAAUGUGGGUCCGGUAGACGAUGGAACGACAACACUCCGAUCUCAAGUCUCAAGAUUCUUACCUCCGCCUCCUACGACGCCUCCGACACGACAAGCGUACCUGUCGACCCUCAUCGAGGUUUUUGGCAAAUAUCAUAAUUCUCAAAGGGCUAAAGGAAAAGACCGGGAAACACGUCGAUUGUCUUCAGGUUUAGACGAUACAGAGGCUAAUUGGGUUUACCUCGCUACCCCUUUCAUAUGCUGUCUCUCGAGACCUACGGCAAUCUAUCUGGGAUUCGAAAAGCUGGCCGAGAGAAUGGAAUCAUUUCCUCCACUGCCUUCGCAACUCGCCAGUCUCCUCCUCCUUGUUCGCCAAGCCCUACCGGAACUAUUCUCCUUCUUCGAGGAUGAGCAGGUCCCCUAUGUUCAAGUCGCCAUGGGCUGGCUGAAGAGUCUGCUCUCCAGAGAGAUGUGGUUGGGAGACGUACUUAGACUAUGGGACGCCUACCUUGCAAGUACCGACAUGUUCGCUCUGCACUGUUAUGUGUGCGUUGCCGUCUUAGCGACGUGCAAAGAGACAUUGGAGGAGCUAGACGGAUCAGAAGUCAAAUUGAUGUUGAUGGAUCUUCCCCCACUGGACGUGGACAGGCUCUUGCAAGACGCUGCGAGUCUUCGUGUAUCAUUCCCUCUUCCUGUGCCAGCUGCGGACGACGAUGCAUAGGCGCUGUCGCAGAGUCACUGGACUUCUAGACACCCAUCGGACAGGCUGAGUUCGACUCUCCGGAUCCCGAAGGCGGAGCCUAGGAGCAAGAUUACUCAAGCCGACCCCAUGGAGCCAGAUGCCAUCAGCAUGUUGCGUUCACGUCCGGAAGCCCCAACGUGGUACAUGCUUUUACUAGCAAGACGCUUCCGCAUGCAUGCCUUGAGUUUUGGCGCUAGCUGGAAAUUACAUAGGCCAAACCCGUAGGAUCGGCCUUCAAGCUAACGGGCCGGUGGCAGGGCAUGUUCGUGAAGGAUGCAAACACGAAUGCAAACAGCUCGACAAGGCAUGUAUGCAGAUUCAGUCGGUAUGGAGGUCGUUGACAUCGUCU